AUGGAACGAAAGGUGUCAGAAGCAUUGUGCAGAGGGCGCGAGGAGAGAAAAACACAGCAACCAGACAGAGAAAGGGAUGAAAGUCAGAGAAAACCAGCAACACGAGAGAGAUUUAAAUGGAGAGCUCUGGAGAAUGCACUAGCCCCUACACAGAUGCUAGCCCUAGCUUUUUGGCAAUGCUGCAGGAAGUGGAGCCUCGAGUGGCUCGUCGUCGCCUUUCUCAAGCCCGACACCGUGCAAAGCUGGCAGGGCUUUUCAAUCAUCUACGAGACACAGUGUGUCCUCAGUCCAAAAGGACCAAGAGGACCACUUCAAAAGUAAGAGAGUGGCAGGUGCUGCGUAAAGCAAAGCAUUACAUCUUGGACUUAGAAAGAAAGCUAGAAAAUUUGCUGAAACUUAAAGAAGCAUAUCACUUGGAAGAUGGCCAUCCGUCAAACUUGGAAGAAGUAAAAGAGCAAUACAUCAAUUACUACAAGGAGCAUUGUGACCUGGCAUCAGCAAACCUACCUGGUAAGACAAGGAUGGCGCUUUGGCAAUGGCUGAGAGAAUACAGAGGCCAUCCUGCAGACAGUGAUCUGAAACCAGUUAAUUCCCAGUCUCCUGUGAAAUCUUCAACAGAUCUCAUAGAAUUUGAAGGCUAUUUGAAUUUUUACAAAGAAACUGUGGACCUUUUAGUGGAGAACAGAAUAGUGUCCAUGGAACAGAUCACCCUCCCCAUUGUAUCAAAAGCAAUUGCACACCUCUGGCAGAACAUGUCUGGGGAGAAGAAGACGGACAUCUUCAAAAAAUGUUCUCAAAGUGUGUGUUUGUCCCUAGGAGAGCAAAUCUCCUUGCAGCUCCCUUUACAGAUGGACUGUACUAUAAGGGACAGAGCUUUAGACAGCCAAGGAGCAAGUGGUUCAUCAGAAUCCAAUCAUGAUGAGAUGCUUUUUGAAGAUGCAUUUGAUUUAGCUUCUGGAUUCAUGGUAAAACCAGAGCUAAAUGGUCUAACAGGAAUAAAACGGGAAAGCAGAUCCCUGCCCACUGUCAUCAAUGGUAUUGAAGCAGUCUGCAUCCAUAUGCAGCAAGAUCUGAAGAACAUUCAGACUCGAGCAGAUCAUUUACAAAACAUCAAUGCAAAAACGGAACAUGCUGAAUUUCUGCACUGCAAGGGGAAGAGGUUUACAGAUUUUGAGGAGGUUCGACAGGAAAUUGAAGCAGAGACGGACAGAGUUACAGGGAGCAAUAAAGGAAUCUUGCCAAUUCCGAUCAACCUGCGAGUGCAUUCUCCAAAUGGGAGUCCACAUUUAACCUCAUUCCCUUUUAGCAUUGCUGAGGUAAUGGGUCCAGAAGCCUUGUUGAGCACUGCAUGA